AUGUCAUAAACAAACACAAAUAAUACAAUUAGUGGUCGAAUGAUAUUGCAUUAAUCACAAAAAUAAGAAAAGUCAUAUCCUUUUUUUAAAGACACUCGAGUAAAUUCUUGUUCAUACAUACAGAUGAAAAAAGGAAACCCUUAUGUAUGAUCUUUAUAUUACAUAGGCAAUUCCUUAUUAUGAAAUUGCAAACAAAUCAUAAAUUGAUAAUUAGAAUAAAUCUACUUAUAUUACAUCAACAUAUAAUGAUGAUUAUAAGCCAAAACCUAAUUUCCAUGUAGGAUCUGAAAAAAAAGCAUUAUAACCUUAUACAAUGGGUUCUUUUCGAUCCAGAUUACCUUAACCUGAUGCUCCAAUAUUAACUAAAAAUGCAUCUUAAGUUGAAAUUGGAGACAGACAGUAUGAUAUACAUUUGUUAUAUAUUAAAGUUUCAAUGUAAAAAGACAUUUUCUUAGUACUGCACAUAAUGUCUAUGGAAAUUUUGGAAAGUUUGGUAAUAUUUCUAAUCCUGGAAUUUUAAGUGAAAAAACAAAGUGGCAUCAUCAUUUACAAUAGCUAUGAAAUAUUUAAUAUUUUUAAUAUUCAC